AAAUGUACUGUUACAAAUUUCAUUUGCCAGUGACUGGAAAAAAUCGUAAUUUCAUCGGCCCGAGAUCUGUAGAAACGCACAAGACCAAAGAAAACUUCCUACUCAAGCUCCAGCGAGACGGCUUUAAUGAGGUUUGCAGUGUGUGGCAUGGCAUUGCCGUAGAGAAAAAUCAUGUUGAAUUAUCUAUUGAGUACUUUCUGUCAAAUAGCCCCUCUCACUUGAUGCAGAUGGCCAUAUACCGAUCCUUAUUAACAGCCUUCUUCUUCCCAAGCGUCGUUGAGUGCAUAAGAGUCUUUUUAUACCAGCAAACGCAAAUCGCGGUCUCAUUCGGAUACCAACCUGGCUUAAUAUCGGGUUCAGACAUAUUUCCCGGAGCUACCUGUUUAUUUUGCUGUUUCUUAUCGAAGUGAAAACACUACGUCUCGCCGUCCCUGACAGUUCUUACGUAGAAAUUUGUCGUUGUGGCUGCGUACCGGCCAAUGUCAAGCGAAAUAUUGAGGGUCGACAAAAGGCCGUUUUACCUUGUGCAUUCCACCCGGUCGUAGGGUAUCUAGGUUCCCGAUUUCUGACGAAAUUUCAUACAUUCAAGAUACUUGGUAGCAAUCGACUAUUCGCAGAUGAUCUUUUCUGCCAUGUUAUAAACGCAAGUCUCCAUCGGACAGCCAAUCGAGAUAAAGCACGUUUUCCAAAUGCAAUCUUUAAACUUAGCAAGCCCCUUUCGAACACUUCUCUCAGUUAAAGGCUGUUCUCCAUAUACAGUACACAUAUCACAGACUGCUUCAACAACUCCUUGGCUCUAGCAAAAGGUAAAACAGGCCAGAUGCUAAAAGUUCCCCUUUUCAGGUCAGAAACACGCAUUCACUAUGAAAUGAAAUUACCAUUUUUGGACGGUACAUGCAGGUAAGCAAACCAUAAAGAGGCAAAGACGAGAAAGGUCAUGAGAGAAAGACAACGCUACUUUCGUACAAAAGCCCCGUAAUGCAGUUUUUGAAUUGUUCAAGCAAAAAUAUAUUGUAACAAUAGCGGUUGGGCUGUUCGGUCUUAGAGAGUCACCUGUACGCUUAUAUUUCGUUUCCAUAGCGGUUGUUCUUUCAAUGGAAAUGUUCACUUCCAUUUUCAGAAAAUUCAGAUAUUCCAGUGAAAAAGACGAUUUAAAUUAAGAGUGACGCAGCUCUUGAAGUAUAACAAGUUCACUUGAUUUUAAUUGAAUAAUAUCGGCCGCGAUCGCGCGACCGCCCUGUAUUGGUUUUGCGUUGCCCUGUAUGCCAGACAGACUCCCUGUUAAUGUUAAUUUGCUCGUUUAUUAUCCACAUCACUCUGACCGACACAGCAAAUUUAUCUAAAAACUGUGUGAGGAUUAGGGUUGUGUUUUACAACUCUUUCCCUAUUGUGCUGCCGGCUGUUUUAUUUAGUGCAACAACCGAUUUAGGCAUCACACGUAAUUUCACAUUUAGUGAUACGUAGGCGAACGCAAACAAGCAGGAAAGCUUCUGCCGAAAAUCGCUCUUAGCUUGCGAUGGGGCUGUCGUCUGCUACGCAGUUCAGUUUGUAUUUAUGUUUACAGACAAUCUGCUAACCGAAUGCCCUCCCUGUGCGAGGAGUUCAAAGAGGGAGAGGCUGGUUUCGCAUUGGCACUCACAGACUAUAGAGGAUUCGCCCGACAAAAAGGAACGCAGAAAGCAAAAGUUAGAUGGAAGCGACCGAGCGUGUCAGGUAGAGUGGGGCGAAUGCACAGCGGCGGGUGAUGUUCAAAGUGUAACAUCGAAACAACGUCAAAUUGAAUUCAUCAGCUGGAUUUAAGUCGUAUUGUUUUAUCAUCGCGACAAGUGGCUGUGAAUUUCAGGGAAGAGAUGUUUGCUGUCCGUUGCAAUAGGCGCAGUGCUGCGGGUUUGUACCGAGACUGUUAACUCAAUGUCAAUUAUCUUGUGUACGCAAAAAAGCGAAGACGUGCCUGUGUACGACAUUGCUACUGUAUGAACAGUGAUCCGAAGGUGAUCGUGCACUAUUUUUAACGAAAGCGACUGGCUGGCUGUGGUCCUCAAUAGCUGUCGUAGUAAUUUUAGACGCAAAUCAGUGCGACAGCCAAGAUUAAGUCAUGAUAAAUUUGGCACAGAAAUUGAAAAAAGCAGCGGCUCAACAAAAUAACAAUGUGGGUGAACACGUUAUAGCCCCGUCGUCGAGGAUGUUGAUUCGCGAUCGGCUACUUCAGCCACAGGUGGCUGAGCUGACAGCUGAUGUUAUACCAGCGUCUGCAACGGUCGAAUUCCCAGACCCGAACGUGUUACAUUCCUUCCGCAUUGUACUGCGGCCUACGGAAGGCCACUGGCGGGGCGGGCGAUUUGUGUUCGACGUCGAAGUGCCGGAAGAGUACAACAUGGUUCCACCAAAGGUUAUUUGCCGUACCCGCCUCUGGCAUCCGAAUAUUACCGAAGAAGGAAAGGUCUGCUUAUCAGUGCUAAGACAAAAUUCGUUAGAGGCGACGGGUUGGACGCCUUCGAGAGGUCUCAAGGACGUUGUCUUUGGUCUGGACGCGCUCUUUACUGACCUGCUCAACUUCGACGAUCCCCUGAAUCAACACGCUGCUACCCAAUACCGUGAUAAUAGGGAAGGCUUCGAACGGAAGGUACGAGACUAUAUCGAGAAGUACGCCAAGGAUUCUAGCCAUUCAUCUCACGGGCGUUCAAGGCGGCGGGAGUAAAUGUAAAUGCGAGUUGUGGCAGAAACGAUUAAGAUGGCAAGAAAAUGUCGACCGAUUUAGCAUAGAAAGGUUUUUUGAGGUUCCUAAAAGAGUUUCUAUGAUCUUGCAAAAACAGCUACCGGGCGAUCUCACAGAAAGCUUAGCGAUCUUGCAGAAAAGGAUUGGAUUUAGUGGUCAAGUGCUCUGGAUCGCACAACUGUUAUAAGGCAGAGUGACCGGACGUCAGGGAAUGAGUGUUUGCCCUUUAAGUACAAUGCAAUACGUUGAAUCAAGGAAAUUUAUGAAAACCUUUUGUUGGCACAAACCGUCAGAACAAGAGUUAUUUUUGGACUGCGCAAGUGCUGCAGGGCCAAUCGACACUCGGUUCGGUCAAGUGAGUCGGUGAUGUUCAUAAUCAAACGAAGACCUGAAAGACGACGAUGCUGCCAGAGUGAAUAAUAUCUUCUUUCCCUCGUCUUCAAUGGAUCCAUUUCUUCUAAUGCCCGCGCUAUUAGUCUGAUAUCGAUAGAUUUUACAAUUAUUAUAGAACAUAUGUACGAAGACACCUAAUCGAUCACGGGGCAGCGAUCAUUUCAGCCCGCAACACCGUCACGCGCAUAUGUUUCGUAACUACUAUUAGAAUGAUUAUAAUCAUAUACAGGGUUUGUGCGAAUACAAGUGGAAGCGAACAACAAUAUUUAGUAGUUGGUAAUAAUAAAUGAACUCAGACCUAUGACUAUGUUAAGUGGUUAAGGUGUAACGACUUGUUGUGGUAUACUUUUCCUGUGGAAGAAAAACGCUCAUACCCUAUAUUCCAUGAUGCGCCACUUGCUAGACUGAUCUUUAGUAUGAUUGAGUAAUCGUGCUUUUCAUUAAGUGGCUUAUGAAUCUUUAAUUUCUUCCUUUUGCUUUACCGGAUGUUUACACUAAGAAGAUAAUGCUGAUUCAGCUCUCGGACUAUAACCCAGUGAUAGGGCAAGGCAAAUGUUCAUGCUCAUAAGCUAGGCAGCGUUUCCUGCCUCCUCUAUAUUUGUGCAUGUAUAUGUGAAUUUAGUUGUCGAAAAAGCCCGUUGGUUUCGUUCACUUCUUUAAACAUUCAAGUAAAUAAUAAAGUGAGCUAGA